UUUAUGGGAAGGUAGCAAACAUACAUCCGCCACCAGAUAACCAUUCGACGAAGCUAGAAACUGUGCAAAUUUUGUGGUGCAAAGCUGCUUCUCCCAAAUAGCCAGCCUAGACAGCUUAGGAUCCUUUACUGAGAGGCUUACGAGGUCACGAACAAGCAUAAGUCAGCCAGCCCUGGGGGUGGGCUCUCUCCGUCGACAAGAUGGAUGUUGCUAUGAAGUCGUGGGAGCUCGACAACAACGUCAAACUGGUCGACCCAUCUCGCGAUGCCCUCUACAACUACGACGCCGAGUCCCAAAAGGCAAUCAACCAGCAAAGGCCAUGGGCCAAGGACCCAAACUACUUCAAGUCUGUGCGCAUCAGCGCCAUCGCCCUGAUCAAGAUGGUGAUGCACGCCCGGUCCGGCGGCUCGCUCGAGGUCAUGGGGAUGAUGCAGGGCUACGUGGACGGGACGGCGCUCGUGGUCACGGACGCCUUCAGGCUUCCGGUAGAAGGCACCGAGACGAGGGUUAACGCGCACGACGAGGCAAAUGAGUACCUGGUCGAGUACCUCCGGCUCAGCCGCGAGCAGGGCAGGCUGGAGAACGUGGUCGGGUGGUACCACAGCCACCCCGGGUACGGGUGCUGGCUGUCGGGCAUCGACGUGAGCACGCAGUUCCUGCAGCAGCAGUUCAUGGACCCCUUCGUCGCUGUUGUCAUCGACCCGGACCGCACCAUCAGCGCCGGCAAGGUCGAGAUCGGCGCCUUUAGGACCUAUCCCGAGAACUACAAGGCCGAGGAGGCCAGCACGUCGGAUGGGUACCAGCCAGUGCCCCUGGCCAAAGCUGAGGACUUUGGCGCCCACGCGAGCAGGUACUACGCCCUUGAGACGGAGCACUUCAAGAGUACCCUCGACGCCCACCUUCUGGAGUUACUGUGGAACAAGUACUGGGUCCAGACCCUGUCGCAGAGCCCCCUCAUCACCAAUCGUGACUACGGCAACAAGCAGAUGCUCGACCUGGGAAGCAGGAUCAGGGACGUUGUUGGCGUCAUGCAGCGCAACGGCCGCUCCGGUCAGUCGGGUUACGGCAUGGCCUUGGGAGGCGCCUCCGGCACCAGUAAAGCUGUCGAGAGCGCCAUCGAGACCAUGGCCAGGGACAGCAUGCACGUUGCCGCCAGCCAGAGGGCCGCUCUGAUGGCGGGUGAGCUAAAGGCAAAGGUGUUUACCGGCCAGGCUGAGCCGUCGGCUGCGUCGUAGGUGCUAGCUGCAUAUCCAGUGUGACAAUUGGGCAAACAGAACAUCAAGGCUUUUUCUUCUUCGUCAACUACAUGUCGUGCCUUUCUUCACUGGCCUUAGUUUCUCUUCAUGUGCAAGGAGUUCUGAUUUGGGGUUUGGCGUUGAGGGGGUAUCAAGAUGGGUUUCUUUCUCAUGCUGUUGUUACAUUUACAUUACAUCCACUACUCUUCCUAAAUAUUGAUACACAUGGCGUGCGUAAGCCUGAUGGGUGAGCUGAAUCCUCAGAAUACUUGCACUAUGCCUGGGCUGCGGUAGCAUCAUUGACGGAACCUUCCUGCGAGCGCUCGAGCACAUUCAUAGCCUCCUCUAGACGUCCCAAAGUCU